UUAGGUUUAAAGUUGAAAGUUGAUUGAAAGCUAUCUCCGUAAAAAAUAAUUGAAAAGACAAAUUUAUUACUUCUGAAAGGUUACCUUACUAAGCAUAGGUGCCUAUGAUGUUAUAAUAUGUUACUGUGACAUUGAUUUAUGUAUUCUUACCAGAGAGUAGUUGUUUAAAAGAUAUCAAGUCACUUGUCUGCGAGGGUGUCUUGCUGAUGACAUCAUGAAGUCGAUUGGUGAAAACAACUAUGGAUUCCAAGUUUUUAACAGUAAAAAGAAAAUAUUGCUUCUGAUUCUGAUUAUCUGUGGUUCUGUUCUCAUCUGUCUUCUGAUGUUUGGUCAAGAUGUAUCUUUACAGAAAGUUAUCUGCUACCUUAAGCCUGAACAACAACGCAACAUGCUGGCUACGUACAGGAUGAAACAGCCUGAUCGAUUCUUGGAUGAACGACCUGAAGAUGGUCAUCCGAAAGGAAUGAAGCGAAGGCUUCCUCAAGCUAUAAUCAUUGGUGUCCGAAAAGGUGGGACGCGUGCAUUGCUAGAACUCAUUGGAAUACAUCCAGAUGUUGCUAAAUGUGGAACCGAGGUGCAUUUUUUUGAUAAGAAUGAAAACUACCGACUUGGUGUGGAGUGGUAUCGUCGUAAAAUGCCUUACUCUUACCCCCAUCAGGUGACGAUCGAAAAGAGCCCUGCAUACUUCAUCACAGAGGAAGCUCCCGGCAGAAUUCACCAGAUGAACGCCUCAAUGAAAUUGAUCGUAAUUGUGCGGGAACCGGUUUUGCGUGUUAUCUCCGACUACACCCAAAUUCAUGAAUUAAAAGUUGUAAGAGAACGCAAGCACGAAACAUUUGAGGAUCUGGUAAUUAGAAAUGGGGACAUAAACACAUCAUACAAAGCAAUCCGAAUAAGUAUGUACUCAAAAUAUAUUAAUCGAUGGAAACAAUAUUUUAACAUGAAUCAAAUACUAAUUGUGGAUGGUGAUGCACUUAUCAAAAAUCCAUUACCAGAGUUAAAACAUGUUGAGAGAUUUCUUGGUUUAUAUGAUUACAUCUCAGAUAAAAACUUAUACCUCAACAAAACAAAGGGUUUCUAUUGUAUGAGAAGGGAAGAUGGAUCAAGUAAAUGUCUGUCAAAUAGUAAAGGACGCAAGCAUCCUGAUAUAGACCCAAUUGUAAUAGAACGACUUAACAAAUUCUACCAGCCCUACAAUGAGAAAUUUUAUGAGGUAGUUGGCCGUACGUUCAACUGGCCGUGAAGACCAAGAAUGAUUUUUUUAAUUAUUAAUAUACAUACAGUAUAAUAAGAUGAAGCUUGCUUUAUGUGAUUUUUCUAUGAUUUAUUAUUUUUCAUGAAAUAUCAAUUUUGAUAGCUUUUGGUUGAAAUAUAAAUGAAUUUUAUACUGUGUUGAGGGCUUUCGACCUUUGAAUGCUAUUCAAGAGUAAAAUGAUAAAUAUGGGCCAAAAAUAUUAUUACUUCAGCUCUUAAAAGUGUACUGUAAAAUUCAUGUUUAUUGCAAAACAUGUUAAAAAAAACAAACAUGGUAACAGUAUCUCAGUGUCACUUAUAAUUCCAUGGUGACUCAGAGCUCUCAUCUGUCAGUAUCUGUAUAUUAAUUAUUAUUAUUAUUAUUGUUAUUGUUAUUAUUAUAAUUAUUAUCACUAUUGCUGCACUUGUGUGUGCUGUACUUUAUUUUGUAUUGGUGCUUGCGUAUACAUACUUCAAUACAGCCAACCACACGAUGCUGAGCUCAUUUUAAGUAUGCAUUGGAGAAUGAAUUAUUUAAAUGCAAGCCAGCUAAAAAUAUGAAAGGUUGUUUACAGGAGAUUAAAGUAUACAGUUUUUAUUGAUGAUAAUACUGUAACCUCAUUGUUUUCAAUAUUGACCGGAACUUUCCUGUUACAUUUAUCCAACAAAACUUUUGUUUAAGAAACAUACAGUAGUUCAAUUAUAUCUAUUUUUGUUUUUUGUAUGAUCCAUAGUAUUUAAAAAUGUUACUACAACCUGGCAUUCUGUUUGGUGAUUUUUUUCCAUAAAAGUUCUUCAUCUUUCUUUAAAUACUGUGCAGAACCUCUGUUAAUAGUCAAUUUAUUAAGUGGCAGCACACAUAAUAGAUUAGUACAUUUUAUAUAGCAUGAUUUUCAGUGUCAUUUAAAAAAAAUCACAGAUCAAACUUGGGGUUAGUAUUAGCAAUUUUUAAAAUCCUAUGGGUUAUUUAGAAACACAAAUUACAGCUACAGCUAUGUACACAGUAUGUCUAGCUGAGCCUUACCUUUUUAGUAUUCAGGUGUGUGUGGUAAAGAAAUACUGUAGUGUUGAUAUUGAUGCAAAAGAUGAUUUUACAAAAGCAUUACUAUCAAAGAAUAAGAAGUUUGUGUAAAAAUACAGUAGAAACCUUUCUGAGUGUAUGUUCCCAUGUCUUUGAUAAAGUUUUGUGUACAUUAAUUAGUACAGUAGAUAUAUUGUAAAUCAUGCCUCCCUAAUUACAAUGUUUAUAUUUUAUAUUUCAGUAUUUAUUUUAUAAAAAGAAUAAUGUACAUAGUUAAAUAAGCGUCUGUAUCAAAUAUUUACCCCUCUAAAGUAACUGUAAGCACUGCAACAAACAAAAUUGUGUUUUUAUGGUUGUGCCUCUACAGUGGAAUUCUUCAUUUUUGAAUGAACUCUUCAUUCUUCAUUGAAAAGCUAUCAACUUUGAAGUAGAAAAAUAAUAUGUUAGCCUGAAUUGCAAACCAUUAUUGACAAACAUGUCAAGUGGUUUAAGAACUUAAGUAAUAUCCCCAUCAUACAUAGUUCCUUUAUGAAUUGCAUAAAUUCAUUUUAUUCUCUAUUACUGUAUACUGUAGUUCAUUUUAUUCUCUAUUAUUAUUUUUGCAUGAAACUACACACAUUCCUUCAUACUGGAAACAUGUUGUUUUAAUGACUUUUAUGGGCUAUCCUUGUAUACAAACAGCAUUAUUUUGUUAUGUGAAAUUUCCUAAUUUUCGAGAUAGGACUUUUUAUAUUUUAAUAUUUUAGAAAAUUCCCUUAAAUGUAUUGUGUCCCUGAUGUUGUUGCUAACUGAAUAAAGUCAAUUUAAGUUCGUCAGAUACAUUAAAAAAAAAAAAAAAUCCUGUUGAUAAAUGUAGAAUAUAAGGAGAUUUUUUCCCAUUUAUUUCUUAAUGUACCUGAUAACUAAUCUUAAAGAUGAAAAAUUCAAUAACUCUAUUUACUUUUUUGUAUACUGUAGUUUCCACCGAAUAAUACAUGUUUAAGGUUGUAAUUUUGUUAAUUGGAUUAUGUCUGUUGUACGUUAUUCUGAAUCUUAAUAUUUUACAUUUUUUUUAUAUUCUCUCUUCUUUUGAUGCUCUAUUUUACAUUUGUUUACCAUACAGUAUAUGCUAUUAAACAUAUUUUUGUACCGGAAGUGGCUAUGGGCACUGAUGCAGUGUGGUAAUAACUGGUGUUUGCUAUCGGCACUGCUGCAGUGCAAAAUAAGCUGCUGUUUUCUAUCCACUGAUGGUUUAAAGUUGAGAAUUAUUAGUCAUAGAGCUCCCACUGUAAUCAGCCUAGAUUGUUUUCCCCUUCCCAGUCAUAAUCUCCAUAUUGUUCAAGUGCGUAAUUUUGCACAGAGGAGUUAUUUCCUUAAAUUCCUAUGGUGAUACAAUGUGGAAUAUUGCGUAUUUUUAUUAACUAUAUGUAAUCCGGCCGUUGUUCUAAUCCGUCGUUUAAAUACCAUAUUUAUUCAAAUAAAUGCCUCCUUCAAAUAAACAAUCUUAAGCGUUUGAAUUGCAUUGGUUGUGAAAAAAUAAGUCUUUAUGAUCACAAAAUAACCCAUUUUGAAGGUCAUUAUGUUCCACAUUUACAGUCAAAUUAGGGCCGUUUAUUUGAGUAUACGUAUCCAUUUUAAACCAAAAAAGAUAAAUAAAAUGUCUGCAUUGAAUAAACUUCACCCUAAAAAAAAAACCCUUCUUAAAAUUAAAUAUGCUAUGUAUUUAAUUUUCAUGGUCCUUUCAAAAAAAUUACAGUAUUGGUUAUAUUAUAUAACCAAUAUAUAUAAAAUACAGGAUGUUUAGGUUUAGGUUUAUGUUUCUAAAAAUAAACACUGACCCUGAUUUCAAUGAUAAGUUGUAAUUAUGACAUGAUGAUGGAUAUAAAAUAGUGAACACUAAAAUAUCAAUACACAAGUGAAUUAAAAAUAUUAUUAAUUGUU